AUGAGCUUCUCUUUGGCAGCAUGGCCUCCUGACUGUGAGUUGAAAAGUCUGAAAGUCCUUCUCCUCACAGGCUGGAACGUCUCCUCCUGCCUUCCCCGGCAGUACCACUAUGUGGCUGAUCCCAUGACCUGGACUGAAGCUCAGACCUUCUGCAGAAAGACUUACACAGACCUGGCCAGCAUUGGAAGUCCUGAGGAGAUGAAACAAGUCAGCCACACAGUAACGUCUUCUGGUCAGAACUCAGCGGUCUGGAUCGGUCUGUACAAUCCAAUCAUCUGGAAGUGAUCCGACAGCUACACAGGAAGUGGAGCUGAAUACAGGAAGUGGUACCCCGGGGAGCCAAAUUUUUGGAAUCAUUUUUGUGUUGGUUUCAACACAAAUGGAUGGGGCGAUCUCGAUUGCGCCCGUGAAGAUACAUUUUUCUGUUACCAAGGUAAGAAUCACUCCAGACACAUCCAGUUCAUAAAGAGGAUUUCUUCAUUUCUCUGUAUAAGCUGAAGCUCUCCAUUUUCAAACUCUCCCUGUAGGAACACAACAGGACCCUGAGUAUGUGUUUGUCAAUCAGAUAAUGAAUUGGUCUGAUGCUCAGAGUUACUGCAGGGAGAACCACAUAGACCUGGCCAUUGUGAGGAACGACAAUGAGAACCAGAAGCUCAGCAGCAUUAAGUAUUCUGGAGAGUGGCCAUUUAUCGGUUUGUACAGAGAUCCUCUCUUUUACUGGUCUGAUGGGAGCAGCUUGUCAUUCACAUUCUGGGAUAUUUAUUAUGAAUAUUUGGGCUCCAUGACUGUGGUAUGUGGAGUGUCAGACCUGGAGCGUUCAGGAAAAUGGAGGUUUCUGCCCUGUGAGCGUAAACUCCCGUUUGUGUGCCACACCGCCUCUCAGCAAGGUGAGUGAGAACGACAUUUCAAUCCAGUAACUGAAGUUUAAAUGUACUCUACGACUUAAAGCAUCCAUGUUUAUUUCUGACUUUGGUUUUCUGCACAACAGUAAAGGUAAUAAGGCUGAGGAUGACCGGAAAGGACCCCUCUGUGGAUCUGAACGACCUCGCCGUGAAAGCAGACAUCCUCAAAAAGGCGAGUCUCCAAAUACCUUCUCUUAUGUUAGCUUUGAUUUGAUCUUGAGUAUAACAUGGAGUAUUUUAUUGUUCAGCCACAGCUCAUGAGUGAAAACGAUUUUCAUUUCUGUUUCCAGCUCCAGGACAGACUGAAGGAGAGUGGACUGAGUGGAGUCACCCUGAGGUGGAGAGAGCAGCCUGAUGGGAAAGUUUUCCACAAGGAGGAAGAAAGUUCUCAGAAGGAAAGCAGCAAAUGGACCCAAGUCUGCGACUAA